UUCUCCAAUCAAAACUCUGUACGCCUAUAAUAACAUGUAACAAAGCAGAAGCUCGAAGAAAGCAGCACUCAUCUCCCAACCAAAGCAUCUCCCGUCGUUUGCCUUUACCGGUUCAGAACCACCGAAAAUGGUUGCAGAAAGCUCCUCUUCCACUCCACAUCAAUACCCCAUCAAGACGGUGGUGGUUCUGGUUCAAGAAAACCGUUCAUUCGAUCAUAUGCUCGGCUGGCUAAAAACUCUCAACCCAGAAAUCGACGGCGUCACAGGAUCUGAAUCCAACCCCAUCUCCACCUCUGACUUGAACUCCACCCACAUCUUCUAUGGCAACAACGCUGCAUACGUCGACCCAGACCCCGGCCACUCUAUCCAGGCAAUUUACGAGCAGGUGUUUGGCGUUGAAUGGACAGAAGCUGCACUUACAAACGAGAACACUCUGACGCCGAAAAUGAAUGGGUUCGCUCAGAACGCAGAGCGUAUACAGAAGGGUAUGGGGGAGAUAGUCAUGAACGGAUUUAAACCAGAAGCCGUGCCGGUUUACAAGGAGUUGGCAGUGAAUUUCGCGAUAUGUGAUAGGUGGUUUGCUUCAGUUCCGGCGUCGACGCAGCCGAAUAGGCUGUACGUGCAUUCAGCGACGUCGCAUGGUGCGACGAGUAAUAAUACGAAGUUGCUGGUAGAAGGGUACCCGCAGAAGACGAUAUUUGAGUCGAUGGAUGAAGCUGGAUUUACCUUUGGGAUUUAUUAUCAAUACCCUCCUUCAACUCUUUUCUACAGGAACCUUAGAAAGUUGAAGUACAUAAAGAACUUCCACCAAUUUGAUCUGCACUUUAAGAAGGAUUGCGAGGAAGGGAAGCUACCAAACUAUGUGGUGAUCGAACAAAGAUAUUUCGACCUUUUAAACAUACCAGCAAACGACGACCACCCAUCGCAUGAUGUCUCAGAAGGCCAAAAAUUUGUUAAAGAAGUCUAUGAAGCACUGAGAGCUAGCCCCCAGUGGAACGAAAUGCUCUUCAUAAUCAUAUACGACGAACAUGGUGGCUUCUAUGAUCAUGUUCCAACUCCUGUAGAAGGUGUCCCUAGUCCUGAUGAUAUUGUUGGCCCUGCCCCAUAUUUAUUCAAAUUUGAUCGACUUGGUGUCAGGAUUCCAGCUUUUCUAAUAUCUCCCUGGAUUGAGCCUGGAACAGUACUGCAUGGACCUUCAGGACCUGAGCCUACAUCACAGUUUGAGCAUUCCUCAAUUGCUGCAACAGUUAAAAAGCUUUUCAAUUUGAAGGAGUUUCUGACUAAGAGAGAUGCAUGGGCUGGUACUUUUGAGGGUGUUUUGACUAGAACUAGCCCAAGAACAGAUUGUCCAGUUAAAUUGCCAGAACCUGUGAAGCUACGAGAAGCUGCUGCGAAGGAAGGCGCAAAGCUGAGUGAAUUCCAGGAAGAGCUAGUGCAAAUGGCAGCAGCAUUAAAUGGAGAUCAUAAAAAGGACAUUUAUCCUCAGAGACUUGUGGAGGGCAUGACAGUUUCACAAGCUGUAAAGUAUGUUGAAGAUGGGUUCAAGAAAUUCUGUGAAGAGUGUGAGAAAGCUAGGGAAAGUGGAGUAGAUGAAACAGAGGUCAUUGUUUUAGACAAGUCACGUACCAAAACAACAACGCCCAAAACUUUCAUUCACAAGUUGUUUUCUUGCUUCAUCUGUGAUAAUUGACACUUCAAUGUUCUUCAGGGAUAUUUCUCAAAUCUUAAGUAUUUUCAGCUGUCUUGUCUUUUGAGAGCACUUGUUCAGUUUGUAUUCAUUUUAUGGAUUUUGUUUGUUUGUUUGUAUUUGUA